AUGCCUCCUCGUAAAGCUAACACUAGAAAUGAGAAUUCUAGGAUUGCCAACGAAACUCCUCCAGUCCCAGAUCAAGAAGUCCCCAAUAUUGAGUUCAGGAAUGCCAUACAGGUGUUGGCUAAAAGUAUGACUAACCAAAACAAUCAAGUUCAUGCUCAUGCGAAUGAAAAUGGUGGAUCAGUAGGAGCCGGGGUCCAUGACUUUGUUAGGAUGAAUCAGCCUGAGUUCUUAGGUGCACAGACUAUUGAGGUUUUUCUCAAUAGAGUUGAGAGAGGCAACGGAUCUGGAAUACAUGAACUUGAGGUAGGCGCUCAGAUGAACAAGUUCUUGUAUGGAGUGUUGGAUUUGGUGAUAACUGAGUGCAGAAAUGCCAUGUUACUUGGAGAUAUGAACAUCUGUAGGCUUAUUACUCAUGCUCAGCAAGUUGAGGGUGAUACGCUUAGGGAGCAGGCUAAGGAAAAUAAGAAGGCUAGGAUUGGGAAUUAA